AUGACUUUCUUCAACAAACAAAGUGACUAUGACCUCUACCACUUGAGCAAUUGUCCUGCAAUGGCCAACUGUGAAGCUGUCGGGUUUAUAAUGAGCCAUGUCAGCACCAGCCUAGUAAGGAUGGUGUCACAUCAUCGUGGUUGGGGGUUGAAGCUCAAUGAGGUUGGGGUUAAAGUUGCUGGAGUUAGGUUUGGGUUUGGGGUUCAAGUUUCUCGAGCUGUGUAUGUUCAUUGGGCAUCGAUGGAUUUAGCUUCUGUGCGAGUAGCAAAUUCAAAAUUUGUUCUUUGCCCCAAUGCUUCAGCGGCGAAGGUUGUUAGUUCCAAAAAGAAUGCCACCGUCAAUUUCAGGUCCAAAUUCAAAGGAUGUGUCACCAAAAUCCAUGUCAUUUCCCCAAAUGGCUCUGUCUCUAGUCGCUCUUCGCACCGGUCUGUCUCAAGUUUGAAGGCAGAUGAUAACAAACGCAGAAGUAAUCUUGAAUCUCUGUUUUGUUAUGAUAAAUCUAUUCCUGAAGAAAGAAUUGAGAAGCCUGUUGGGUUAUCUUUGGAAGAGAAAGCUAUUGGAAACAAUCCUCGAUGCACUGAUUGCCAGGCGAAAGGUGCUGUGCUUUGUGUCACUUGUGCUGGUUCUGGUCUAUAUGUUGACUCCAUAUUGGAAAGCCAGGGCAUAAUUGUUAAAGUUCGUUGCUUAGGUUGUGGGGGAACAGGUAAUAUAAUGUGUGCAGAAUGUGGCGGACGAGGUCAUCUGGUACCCAAAUGA